ACCCCUUCUCCGGCAGAAGAGACAUUGGUGGCGGGAGCUCCGCCGUGAGCUGCCCGGGGAAGUGGUCCCGCCCCCCGACCUGCGCUCUCCUCCCCUGCGGUCCCCUCUUCUCCUCCCACCCUGACGUCUGGAGCUGGCAGCCCUGCCGGUUCCGCAUUCCCGACCCCUCCCCGCCAGCCCAAGGGUUGCUAUAUAACCGGGGCUGAUGCAACCCACCCAGCCGCCCGACACAGCCUACGGGAGGGACGGCGAAGGACGGAGCCGCCUUGCAGCGACGGCGGGGGCUGCUGCUGCCCAGGCGUCCCUGCGGUGGCAGCGGCAACGGCGCCUCCUCCCAGGACCGAACUCGGCUCGCUUCGAGUCGGCCCGACAGGCCUGGAGGGAGAGGCCGAGAUCCGCUCUCGGAGCAGGACGGCUGCGGUGGAGCUGAGCGUGCAACCCGCUUCCCGCUGCAGCCGGGCCCCGGGGGCACCUUCGCCGCCUGCUCCAUCGGCACGACUGUGGGAUUGUAUCUCUUGCUAUGAUGCCAGGGCAGAUUCCAGACCCAUCCCUGACAGCUGGCGCUCUGCCUGGGCUUGGCCCCUUGACGGGACUACCUGGUACCACCUUGACAGCAGAAGAGCUCAAGUAUGCUGACAUUCGCAACAUUGGAGCCAUGAUCUCACCACUGCAUUUCCUGGAAGUGAAACUGGGGAAAAGGCCUCAGCCAGUGAAAAGUGAGCUAGACGAAGAAGAGGAAAGGAGGAAAAGGCGCCGAGAGAAGAAUAAAGUAGCCGCGGCUCGGUGUCGGAAUAAAAAGAAGGAGAGGACAGAGUUCCUGCAGCGGGAAUCGGAACGUCUGGAGCUCAUGAAUGCUGAGCUGAAAGCCCAGAUCGAGGAGCUGAAGCAGGAGAGACAGCAGCUGAUCUUGAUGCUGAACCGCCAUCGCCCCACCUGCAUUGUGCGGACAGAUAGUGUCAAAACACCUGAGAGUGAAGCCAAUCCGCUGCUUGAGCAGCUGGAGAAGAAAUGAAAGGGGGGCACAGCGGGUCAGAAACCAAAAGACCAAGCAGGAUCCUUUUGACGGUCUCUCAUCUAUGUACUGUAUGAAGAACUGUGCACCAAAGAUUGGUGCAAACAGAACACAGUGUGCUUCCUUGGGGAUGUCACCUACCAACCAAAUGGAGGGAAUGUAGAUGGUGGCCACAGAAAUAGUGGGACGGAAUCCGUUCUCCUGUUCGAGGCUUCACUCCAGUGGGCACGGCAGCUGCUGCGAGGGCUUUUGCCAGCCUUGGAGAAACUUCAAGACACCCAUUGGAGUGCAUCCCAAGCCUGGAACCUUUUCGGAUGUGAGGAGGCAGCGCUGUGGUUUCCCACUACCCUUCAAAGCUGAUGGUUGUUCCCAGAACAACGAGGGGAGGAAGAAGCAGGCAGUAGGCAAAACUGCCCUGGUGUGAGUUCCUGCGUCCUUCCAAUUUUAACCCAGGCUGUGUUCUCUGCACUCUCUUCAGAACUAAACUAAACCAGAAACCAAGAAUGGCAAACACUUGACGCAAGUCCUGUCUCAUCGCUGGGCCUGUCUGUGGCACUGUGGCGCAGGCGCCCCCCACAAGCACACCCUCAGUAUAAUGUUUACAGCCCAGCUGUCCAGGCCAUGCUUUGAAAAUGCACAUUUUUACACUUUUUUAUAUUUUUUACAAAGUUUUUUUUUAUACAGCAGUCUCUAUAUGGAUUUAUAUAAUCACUAGAUGUGAUCCCAUAGAAAUGUAUGUUAUGAUGGUCUCUUUGUUACAUAUGCAUAUGCCACAGUUAUCUCCAUUGUGUUACUUGUUUUGGUGGCAUUGGCUCCUUUCCCUUGGCAUGCCGGGAAACAGGCCUGGGCCUUCAUGUGGGCUCUGCUGCCAUGUCCAUCCAUGUAUGUCAUUCAUAAUACUCAGUCCUGUAUCUCUCAGUAAAUGUUAAACUUUUACUUA